AUGCAUUGCCGAGGUCCCGAAAACCGUAGGGAGGACAAGCAGCCACCACGCGAUGGCUCACCGGGCUACGGCCCCAACAUCGCAGGGGUGAUCAACACCAUCGCGGGAGGACCAACGGGAGGAGACAGCCAGAACUCCCGGAAGCGGACCUACCGCCAGGCCGAGAUGGAGGUGGCCGAGCCGAGCUCUCGGCUGUCCGAGGUCAUCACCUACGGUCCCGCUGACCCCGUUCCUGCGGCCUCCAGCAAUCAUGAAGCUCUUGUGAUUGAAGUCCUCACCAACAACUACGUAGUCAAAAAGGUCUACGUAGACCCCGGAAGCUCGGUAGACGUCUUGUACUACCGGACUUUCGAAAGUUUGAAACUGACCAGGGAGCAACUCACUCCUGUCAGGACUCCCCUCGUGGGAUUCGGGGGACACGUCGUCCACCCGGAAGGCAUGUUGACCCUGGUGGUAACAAUCGGGCGUCAUCCACGCUGCCGAACUGUGCCUGUCAGUUUUGCGGUGGUCAAAGCAGACUCCCCCUACAAUAUGCUGAUAGGCCGGCCCACGCUCAAUGCCUUGAGAGCCGUAUACUCCACCUACCACCUGAGCUUUAAAUUCCCAACAUCUGCGGGGGUGGCCGAGGUAAGCAGCGAUGUGGGCGCCGCCCGGGAGUGCUACCUCGCCACCAUUCAAGCAGCAGUCACCCACCGGCCCUCACCGAGGUCAGAAGAAAAGAGGCCAGCGGUCCUCUCCAUAGACCGCAUCGACCCUCAGAAGGCAGAAGAGCCCAACAGGCUGGAGCCCGGGGAUGAGGUGGAACUGGUGGUAGUGGAUGAAGCGAAACCUGACCAAGUGGUCCAAGUAGGGGCUGGACUACCCUCACCCCUGAAAGAAGAAAUGAUCUCCCUGAUCAAAGACCACCGAGACGUCUUCGCGUGGUCCGCGGAUGAAGUGGUCGGAGUGCCACCCGAACUCAUGACCCACCAACUCAACGUUGACCCACAGGCCCGACCUGUGCGACAGAAACGAAGGCACUUCGGCCCCGAACGUAGUCAGGCCAUAUCGGAUGAGGUCGACAAGCUCUUGCCGGCCAAGAUGAUCCACGAAGUCCAAUAUCCCACCUGGCUGUCCAAUCCAGUCAUGGUCAAAAAGGACACCGGUGGAUGGAGAAUGUGUGUCGACUUCACCGACCUCAACAACAAAGAUUGCUAUCCUCUGCCGAGAAUAGACGCCCUCGUCGACGCGGCGAUGGGGUAUGAAAUCCUCUGCUUCCUAGAUGCCUUCAAAGGGUACCAUCAAAUAGGAAUGAGUGAGGAGGACCAAGAGAAAACGGCGUUCUACACCGACCGAGGUACUUAUUGUUACACCACCAUGCCCUUCGGGCUAAAGAACGCCGGGGCAACCUACCAAAGGCUGAUCAACCGACUCUUCCAGAAUCAGAUCGGCCGCAAUGUGGAGGCCUAUGUGGAUGACAUCCUCGUUAAAAGCCUCGCCACUUCAUCCUUUCUGUCAGACGUGAGGGAAGUCUUUGGUGUCCUGCGAGACUCGAGAAUGAAGCUGAAUCCCAAGAAGUGCGUCUUCGGCGUCACCUCGGGAAAAUUCUUGGGGUAUCUGGUUUCCCACCGGGGAAUCGAGGCCAACCCCGACAAGGUGAAGGCCAUUCAGGACAUGUCCCCACCUCGGAACAUCCGAGAAGUCCAACGGCUGAAUGGACGCCUGGCCGCGCUGAAUCGCUUCCUGUCCCAAUCAGCCGAGAAAGCUCUGCCUUUCUUUAAGGUGCUGAAAAAUGCUGACCAGUUCGCCUGGACUGAGGAGUGUCAGGCUGCUUUCGACCAGCUGAAGCAGUACUUGCAUCACCUACCAACUCUCGCUUCACCUCGGCCCGAGGAGAAGCUCUACCUCUACCUCUCCGCAGCCGACGAGGCUGUCAGCGCUGUGCUCAUCCGAGAUGAGGGCACCCAAGUGCCGGUCUACUACGUCAGCCGAGCCCUCCGCGGGCCGGAGACCCGAUACACGCAAGUGGAAAAACUUGUGCUGGGGCUCGUCCACGCAGCUCGGCGGUUGAAACCCUACUUCUUAGCCCAUCCCAUCUCGGUCAGGACCGACCAGCCCAUUCGGCAAAUAUUGGUGCGACCCGAAGCUUCUGGUCGCCUCACCAAGUGGGCUGUCGAAUUGGGAGAAUAUGACUUGUCCUACGAGCCACGCACCGCCAUAAAAGCUCAAGCUUUAGCUGACUUCCUUGCUGAGCUCACCUUCACGGAAGGUCCGGAGUCCACUUCAGCCUUACCCGAGGUGUCCACCUCAUCCCUGUGGACAUUGUAUGUCGAUGGAUCCUCUAAUGGAGACGGCUGCGGAGCCGGACUGCUCCUGGAAGGACCUCAGGGGGAGGUUUGCUCUUACGCCCUCCGCUUUGACUUCCCGGCCACCAACAAUGAAGCCGAGUACGAGGCUCUAAUCGCUGGACUCCAGCUAGCCCGCAAGCUCGGCGCCCAGCAAAUCCAUGUCCGCAGUGACUCCCAGCUCGUGGUACGCCAAGUUAUUGGUGAGUACGAGGCCAAGGAUGAGACCAUGCAACGGUACCUCUCCAAAGUUCACCAACUCACCUCGUACUUCAAGUCAUUCGAAAUCCAAAGGAUCCCUCGGUCCCAGAAUAAGCGAGCCGACGCCUUAUCCCGGCUGGCUUCCACUUCAUUCUCUGACCUCAACAAAACCGUCUUGGUGGAGGUCCUGAGUGAACCAGGGUACGUGGAAGAGGUGGCCUGCCCCGUGCACUCUGAAGAAACUUGGAUGACCCCGUUCAUCCUUUUCUUGGGUCAAGGAGUCCUUCCCGAAGACCGAGCUGAAGCAAGGAAGAUACAACGCAAAGCCGCUCGGUAUGCACUCCGCGAUGGAGAACUAUAUAAGCGCUCCUACCUCGGCCCAUGGUUGAGGUGUGUCACCCCCGAGGCAGGACGCGAGGUCCCCCACGAGAUCCACGAGGGCCUAUGUGGGGCUCACAUCGGCCACAGGAUGCUAGCUAAGAAAGCUAUGCUCCUGGGAUAUUUCUGGCCAUCACUUCGGCAAGACUCCCAGGACCUCGUUCUCGGCUGCCCUUCCUGCCAAGUCCACGCACCCGAGCACCACCAGCCUUCAAACUUCAUGGUCCCCAUCACUUCACCCUGGCCGUUUGAGCAAUGGGGGACAGACAUCAUAGGUCCCUUCCCCAAAGCCGUCGGGGGUUAUACAUUCUUAGUAACCGCUGUGGAUUACUUCACCAAGUGGGUCGAGGCCGAGCCACUUCGGACCAUCUCAGGGCUGGCCAUUCAAAAAUUCUUUUGGAAGUGCAUUAUCUGCCGCUUCGGCAUACCUCGGGUCAUCAUCUCGGACAAUGGGAGACAGUUUGCCGAGAACCCGUUCAAGACUUGGUGCGAGAACCUCGGCAUCAAACAACACUUCACUUCGGUAGGCCACCCCCAGGCCAAUGGUCAAGCAGAAAACUUCAACCGGACUCUUCUACAUGGUCUCAGGACCCGACUACACCGAGUUGGGUCAUCUUGGGUGGAGGAACUCCCCAGUGUCCUGUGGUCGUAUCGGACCACGCCGAGGUCAGCGACGCGAGAGACCCCAUUCUCCCUGACCUACGGCGCCGAGGCGGUCAUCCCGGCUGAGAUCCUUACCCCCAGCCCUCGGCUGGCAGCCUAUGCCGCCGAGGUGAACGACGAAGAGAGGCAGCUGGACCUCGACCUCGUCGAAGAACGAAGGAAUCUCGCCUCAGCCCGGAUAGCUUCUUACAAGAACACACUGGCACACUACUACAAUGCCCGCGUGAGACAUCGUAGAUUCCAACCUGGAGACUUGGUUCUUAGAAAAAACUCAGUCAGCCGAGCUGAACCGCAAGGGAAAUUAUGCCCGAAAUGGGAAGGCCCUUACCGAGUUGUGGAAUCUGACGCUAAGGGGUAUUGUAAACUGAGUUACCGAGAUGGCUCAUUAGUGCCGAGGUCUUGGCACGCCGAGAACCUCAGAUUGUAUUACGCCUGA